CACCUCUGGACGUUCUUGGCAAUGACGUCAAUCCUCUGGUCAAUUUUGACGACGCCAACAUCGAUCAGUUUCCGGCUGUUCUGAGGUACUUGGAAGCUAGCCUUGACCUCUUGACCCUCAGUUAUCUAUCGCUGUCUACCUUUGUCAUAUGCCGCCGCGAAUGAUCGACAAUCUGGUGUUCAUGCACAUCAUCUGAAGGUUUAUGCACGUCAACAUCGGAGCCUCACCGCUCGUUGGGCCCCUGUACAUCAGUUCCUCGUAUUCUGACGCAAGACAGGCGGUGAAGACGAGAAUAUCGGAAAUGCAAGGCUACAGACACUGCGAUGCUUCCCCAGCCCAUCAAAGCCUCGCGCCUCGCGGCCCGAAGCGAGAUCGACUUGUCUUAACCACACUUGAUCGAAGUUUGGGGAUCUCAGGAUAUAAGUAUCGUAGAGCUUUCUAAUUCCUGCCAAACCCUUGAAACCUCUGAUCAGACCUCGAUGCAAAAGGGUUCCUGACACUGCUUCUCACCGGCAGCACGAUGCGCGAGGUGCAACAAAAAUUUGAAGGCGAACCACACCGUGACAUUUUGCUGACUACCACUUACACAUCCACCCUAAAUCUCCUCACCGCAUUCCCGUCCACUGACCACUACACAUUGUCAACAACAUUCUAAGAUGUCAAUAGAAGGUGACUAAGCGUGGCUACCGUUAACGAACAAAGGGGUCUAGAGAGGUGCACUGCGCUAUCUUCUCCAAAUGGCCCCAGAGUCGUUGAGCUCGUCACGACAAGACAAUAGGGCCAACCCCCCACCGAGAUGGUCAUGUGCCACGAUAUCCGAAAACGCAAACUGGUGCCAGCUUCAAUCCAACCUCGAUUCGUUCCUGCGUCAUGCUGUGUGACGUUGUACAGAUCUGAAUCUGCAACCCAAGUCGUCUGGAGCCGGUCAUGCGAGUCAUCUCGAGGACCUGUCGGUGCUUGCCUGACCCCCUUGGGUACUUGCAGGCCCGAUCGCUUGCAUGGCUAGAUUCUCAAGGGGGAUAAUUGAGCAGAGGCUUUCCGACUGGCUGGUCCUCGACGACGAACUUCUGAUCUGCCGACAAAUAGUAACCCUCGAAAGGACCACCACAGUGGACAAACCCUCUCUUGGCCACCACCUCCCCGGUACCGUUGCACCGGCUGGACUUUCGCCACCACCUACCUCCUCUUUCAGGAUUGAUUUUCCCUGGUAUGCAUGUUUUGAAAAUUUUGGUGUCUAGCGAUUGGACAACGGGGGUUCUCAAACGAGACCUAAGAGGAACCGAUGGAGAUUUGUCCCAGUCACAGGGCCGCAAGAGCCCUUCACCCUGCUUCGUAACGAGAAAUGGAUGGCGCUUAUGCGAUUCGCAUGUGAGGACUCUGAUGAAAUGCUCAAGCAUCCCAGGUCCCGCUCUACAGGCCCUUUUCACUGCGCUUCUUAUUCGUUCUCCGACACUUCCUCGGGUGCGCUUUACCCAGUCAAAGUUUCCAGAUCUGGUCCGGAGGAUUGCACAUCGCUAAUUACUGCAGUCCCAGCUCGCUAGCAUUCACCGCGCCAGCAGUUGCUCGCCACAACUCACGCCACCAGCGGCGACGGCAGAAAAAGCUACCUACCCGUAGGCUGUACAACUUAUGGCUGCUCUGUGGAUUACACGGCACGACACCCUGCUCUGCAGCUGCGGCUUGCUCGCGAGGCGUGGGGUGGAAUUUACAAGGGUAGCGCCCCCUGAAUGCCACCUAAACAGUUAUAAUACCAAUCUCGAACCCUUGCGUGCCCGCCUUCCUGAGGUUCGGCAAUACCUACAUUCUUCUAUCUAAUAGAGGGGGCCGAUGUAAGCUCAAGGAUUCUCAAGCUAUUGCUAUACCGAACAGACGAUCAUGUUCGAAGCACGAAUACCCUACCUUGUUAGUCGGCGUGCUGGCUGAUCCUGUUUCCCCGCCCUGUUUUCUCCUCUCUCAAUCACAAUGAUGGCCUUCCAGGGAGACGUAGUGUUCUCACGUGUGGCAUCACUUUCUACUCACGCACGGAGAAUACGACGGUCCUAAUUUCGAGGACACUCAAUCUCAAAAUUGAACAAGAGCUGGAUGUUGAGGAUACCAUAACACUGAUUCGAGUGUCCGAAAUUGCCGCCCAUACCUGCCUGCGACGGGUCACUUGAGAGCAAUUAGAUAGAUUUGCCCUACUAUCGAUAUCAUCCUACAUUUAUUUUGGACAUUACCAGGCAGGCCACCGUGGUAGCCCAUGCUUCGUACGUCGUUGGUAGGCGCCAGGGCUAUGUCAGUAAUAGCCAGCGAAAGAUGGGCAUACUGUGUUUCAUCACUCGAUGACCUCCACCUCUCACGAAUUCAGCUUCGGCUUUGAUAUGGACGUGGGAGUUUACCCAGAUUACAAGGAGAUCAUUGUUGACUGGGGGGGAGGCCUUGGUGACGAAGGCACACCAAGGAUGAAAAUACGUCCCAGUUUGAUCCCCUAUCUCUAUGCCCUGAAUGCCAUGGGAAAGCGCAGUCUCGAGCUUGACAAGUCACGCUAAUAACAAGUUGAAUCCUGAGACACACUUUGUACAAGUGGUUCGCACUGGUGCAGAUUCCUGCUCUUAACUUAUUUGUACCACUCAAACAUCUCUUCCCUUUCUCAGGCGUGAUAUUUCAG